AUGAGGGCAGAAUCCAACAAAUCGGCGGCCAACAGAUGGGCCAACGUCGAUGUCAACUACACCUCCUCCAUAUGGGAUGACUGUGUAGCCGCCAGUGAAGUCUUCAUCAUCCCUACCGUGAUCACUGGCCAGGGAACCCGCCUCCUCCUCACCAUCGCAGAAAAUGGCACCCAACACGUCAGAGCCAUUGGCAGGGAACUCGAGUAUAAGGCCAACAUCAUCAAACAAAGAGAAACAUACACCAAACUCCAAUGUAUCUGUAACAUUUUGCGUAUACCAAAUGGAGAGUCCUUCAUUACCGAGGAACAAAUCCUCACCGAGGUUAAUCAGGCAAGUCGGUCUGUGGAGGCUCAGGCGGCAAUCAAUCAUCACUGUGUGACCUUCGCAGAGCAUAUGCUGGCCAGGUUUGCACAGCUGCAUAAUGUGGCGCAACGUGUACUGGGUGAACAGGAGGAACGAGGUGAUCAACUUAUGAACACGGAAGAGGGAGUCAAGAAGCUUACGGUUGGCAUCAAAUGUCUCGACAAUAUCUGGGCCGACAUUACUCGUUCGUGGGAGAGCCUGCACAAAGCGCUGCAAGAACUCGACAGGAUAAUGCUUGCCUGGAAGCCACUUGCAGGCGCGGGACCCGGAGUGGCAGAGAUCGAAAAUGAUGAGGAGGCGAAAGGUGACGGCGAGCGCGAACGACAGCAAAUUCUCAUCUUUGAUCCUACUGAAUCAGGCCUAGAGCGGCGACUACGAUUGCUUCAGUUCGAACGUGCAACUGAUGUUGGUGAUGAACAACUGGAUAUACCUCUUCUGGGGACAUCAGCGUCGAGGGAGGAGAGUGAAUUCGCAGAGGCAUUCAAGAAACGUUGUGAAAUCAGUGGAGCCGCAGUUGGUGAUGCAGGUAAGGGAAACGUGCCACUAUCACCUCCUGACCAUGCUGAGGGAAAAGCCGCACAAGCCAAUGGCGCGGGUCCUGGUUUACCAGAUCAGCUUCCUGAUGAGCAGACCAUGGGGACUGGCGCCAAACGCGUCGCGAAGGUUAUGGCGAGGACAGCCAUUGCGGCGUUGGCAGAGUCAGAGGAUGAUUGA